AUGGAUGGUCAGCAAGAUGCUAAGGCUGCCAUUGAAGCCCUACAGCGAAGAAGACUUCAAAACCGCAUUGCUCAGAGAAACCGUCAGGUUCAGCAACAGCGAGUGAAAGAGCUAGAAAAACAAACGAAGGGGAGCCAGCAGCAAAAGAAUGGCAAUGCCUGUCCUUCUGAUAAUAAUCAGUUUGAGCGGAAUAUACCGGCUCUUGCCUGUUUUGAAUCAGACUUACCCCAAUCUGAAGCUGUGGAUUGCGGGAAUUACGCUGCCAUUCAACUCGAGAAGUUGCCGGAGCAAAAAGAGAGUCCUGGCAUUGCAAGUUCGAUUCAGAGACUAAAUGACUUCAAUAUCUUCGAUGCCAUAAUGGAAGAAAUGCCGACUUUUGCACUGGACCCCGAACCCGGAAUUUGCUCUUUGUCCGCUCAUUGUCGAGCCAUCCAAAGAUCUAGAGACACAUCGAAAAAGGACACCAGAGGAGACUCUGCAACAUCCCAGGCAAUUUCAGCAGCAGAAGUCUACUGUGAGCCGAAACUCUCUUGCGGCGAUGGCCCUAUCCACUGA